CGAUUUUUGAAUUUAUAGCUGCAAUUUCCAGCUAUGUUUUUUGUACUGAAUGAUAUUCAAUUUUUGGCCUAGUGUGUGGGGGUGGGGAACCAGACUACGCAUUAGAAAAACCAACCAGACUAACAUGGAUUGCACCAGGAUCGCGGAGAUGGCGUUGUGCCAGGACGUGUGCACCCCCGGGGAUGACUCGACCUGUCCGGUGGGGCAGUGCUGUGUAAAAGAGGGACUUGUGUACCUUGAUACUCACGAGGGACCCAGGCCCCCCUUCCAGAUCUCCUGCAAACCCUUCCAACAGCGCGGGGAGUGGUGUUACCCUGAACCAGAUUUUACAGGGAUGUGUCCGUGUGCCUCCGGCCUCACGUGCGGGAAUGUCCAAAUACUUGGACGUUGUGAGUGAUGCGGGAAUGUCCAAAUACUUGGGCGUUGUGAGUGAUCUGUAAAUGAAAAAUAAAUAAUAAUGAAUAAAUAAAAAAAAGUA